UCCGUUGGCAUCGCCCGUUCUGUGCUCGCUUCUGCCUUUUAGCGGGGAUUUCUCGCCUCUCCCUUGCCCCCACCCCGCUGCCUCAGGCAGCCAAGGUGCCUGCUCGCUGCCGCGGCGAGGACAUGCGUCUCCAAUCAGCGGCUGAGGGCUGAUUCCGUUAGAGCCUUUCCCCACUACGCUUAAAAGAUCGGGGAAGCCCCGCUCGGAAGCGACGCGGCGUCCCCUACGCGGGUACCCGCACCCCUCACAGCCCUUCGCCCUGCCCCGCCACCCCCAGCUCCUCGCCCCGCGGGCGCGGGGAUUGGCCCGGCGGAGACGGCAUCAGCAGCGGGGGGAGGCCACCCCCACCACCCCCUCGUCCCCGUGCGGCGGAGCCGUGCGGGACAGAGCGAGCCGCAAGCAGCGCCCGAACCGCCGCCGCUCCGCUCCACACCCGGCCGCCCGUAGCAGCAGCGCCCGAUGGCCGCCCGCCUGGCCUGUUGCCUCCUGCUCUGGGCCCUGCGGCCCGCGGGCUGCCGCUGUUCUGCGGGGCAGGGCGCGGGCAACCAGCCCGGCUGCACCGCCGAGCCGCCGCCCGCCCGGGACUCGCCCGGCCCGGAGCCCCGCGGGGGCGCCCCGCAGCCCCUGGCGCUGAGUAGCAUCGCUCAGGACAUGGUAGCUGUCCACAUGCUUAAGCUCUACGAGAAGUACAACCGGGAGGGGAGCCGGCCCGGCCACGGUAACACGGUCCGCAGCUUCAAAGGCAGGCCAGAAUUCUUGUCGCAGAAGCCCCUGUACUGCUUCAAUCUAACAUCCAUGCAGGAUUCAGAGAUGGUUCUUGCUGCCACUUUUCACUUCUAUGCUGACAAACAUCCUCGGCACCGGGAAGUGUUUUGUAAGAGAUCCAAGAACUCAUCGUGCCGCCUCCUACACCUGCCUCCCAUCCUGCGGCUCAACCUCAUCUUCCGAAGCAUCCCCCAGAAUUCUGCCUAUGGACAACUGAAAGGGAACAUCACUGUAUUUCUUCAGAGGCGAGGGGCUUGGCAUGCCAAGGACAUUUCACAUAUCAUAAAAGAAUCAAAACGAUCUGCAGAGCUUAUCCUCUGUGCUGAGCUUGAUUCUGGGGAGAAACACCAAGGCUUCCCUGAACAGGUCACCAGUCAUUUGCCUUACAUACUGGUUUAUGCCAAUGACCUUGCGAUCUCUGAACCUAACAGUGUGGCUGUCACCCUACAGCGCUAUGACCCAUUCCCUUCCAAUGACGGGGAUCGAAGUCUGUCACCGAAUGCCUCUGCUGAUACUCGAGUGAGAAGGGAUACUUACCUUUCUAGUUCUAUUCAGAACAAUGAAUUGCCAGAGGUAGAGUAUAACAAUAAAUACGAUAAGCAUGACAUAUGGGAGAAUGCCUACAAGUCCUUGAAGCCAAAAGCCUCUCGUAAAGACCGAAGGAGAAAAGGGCAAGAAAGUACAGAAAUGCUUGCAAAGUCUCAGGUGCUAAACUUUGAUGAGAAAACAAUGAAGAAAGCAAGGCGAAAACAAUGGAAUGAGCCUAGGAUUUGCUCAAGAAGAUACAUGAAAGUUGACUUUGCUGAUAUUGGCUGGAAUGAAUGGAUCAUAUCUCCCAAAUCAUUUGAUGCCUACUACUGUGCAGGGACAUGUGAAUUUCCAAUGCCCAAGGUUGUCAGACCAUCAAAUCACGCUACAAUCCAGAGCAUCGUGAAAGCAGUGGGAAUCAUUCCUGGCAUCCCAGAGCCCUGCUGUGUUCCUGACAAAAUGAGCUCACUCAGUGUCUUGUUCUUAGAUGAGAACAAAAACGUUGUUUUGAAGGUAUACCCCAAUAUGUCUGUUGAAACUUGUGCCUGCCGAUAAGUUCAUACAAAUACAUCUUCAACAACACCUACAGAUCCUGCCUGACUGCACUGGGAAGAUGUGAAUGGGAAAUGAAUCCUCUUGAGUUGACAAACGAAUGCAAGCCUUCUUCUGCAGAAGGCAUGUAGAGAGAUGAGAAUGAAGCAUGUGCCCAUCUGAAAGGAUAUGCCUUAGUACCAUCAUUUGUAUGACUUGUACAUUCACCUUCCAGGCAUUCAAUACUUUUAUAAAUACCUUCCUAACCCACCUAUCCAAGACACAUUGGUAUUUAGUGAGAAAAUUAUAUGUAAAGUUUUCCAUAAUCAAAAGACUAAAACAUGUUUUUAUAUGCUAUUUUUACUAUUUUUAUCUCUUCAAUUAAUUAAGAAGAUGGGAAGUGAACUUGCAAAGGCAGCCUUAUAUUAGAAUAUCACUUCUGUACACAAAAUGUUUUGCCUAAAACACUCAUAAUCUGCAUAUUUAUACUGAAAAACAUGCUGUAAUAAAGGGCUUAAUAUGUAUAUUUUCUUCAGGAAGCACAUAUAUUACACUGUCAUAGAAUCAUACAAUCAUGGAAUUGUUUGAGUUGGAAGGGACCCUUAAAGGUCAUUUGGACCUUUAUGAUGCAAUGCAUAUAUGCAAUGAACGGGGACACCUACAGCUCCAUCACACUGCUCAGAGUCCUACCCUUGAAUGUCUCCAGGCACAGAGUAUCCACCACCUCUCUGGGCAAACCAUUCCAGUGCCUCACGACCCCAGUUGUA